UGGAGGGGGGCAGGAACAGAAGAGCUGGGGGCUAGAGGCCUCCCGGGCUUAAACGCAGCCCAGGAGUGAGGCCACUCAGCUAGAAGAAGGAGACAGCUCCCAAGCUCCGGGCACAAGCCCUACAGUGGGGAGCCCCUCGCUCGGGGCUGUUGCCUUUGAAGGAACACUGGUGGAGGACCUGGUGGGAGCAGCAUCUUUGGCACAGGCUCCAGACUGGUUGCCAGGAAACCUGGGUUCUAGAGAUGGAGCAGAAGGAAGAAAAGCCCUCUGAGGAUGGGACCACUGUCUCCCCAACCACAGGGGCUCCGGAAAAGGAGGAGGCCAAAGGCACAGCGGGGAGCCCCAUCACAGAGGGGCCUCCGGAUGGGGCAGCAAAGCAGGAAAGAGCUCCAGCCAUGGACAAUGUCUCCUCUGAAUUCCAGGGGGAGGCUAAUGGGUUGGAUGAGCUCAAAGCGGAGGCCACCGUGGAGUCUGAACUUCUCAAGGAGGACGGAGGGAAGGAGGAGACGACGGCCACUCCUCAGGAGCUGACUGAUGGGAAAGCAGAGGUCAAAUCUGAGCCCGGGGAGGCUGCGGGAAAAGAGGAAACGGCAUCAGCCUCUGAGAAGCAGAAGGCCGACGAGAAAGCACCCAAACCCGGAUCCAGGGAGAAAGCUGGAGUGGAUGACGAGGCCCAGGCUGAGCCAAAGCAGGCCGCUGCGGAGCAGGAGGCCACCACAGCCUCUCGGAAGGACAGCAACAAAACAGAUGAGCCCAAGGCUGAAGCCCAGGAGAGAGCUGGUGCCCCAGGGGUCAAGUUGGACUCUGACAAGCCAGCUCUGGAAGAUGAGGCCAAGGCUGAACCGCAAGAGGGUGACACGAAGGAGGAGGAGCCAGGCAGUCCCUGUGAAGAGCAGGACCAGGGUGUGGAGACAGAAUUGGAGGAAGGGGCUGGGGUGACUCCCAGCUCCCCCGAGGAGUGGCCUGAGAGCCCCACAGAGGAGGGCCACUGCCUCAGCCCAGAUGGGUUGGGCCCAGACGGCGAAGCUUCCACAGAGACCAGUCCUUCUGCCAGUGAGUCUUCAUCCAGCGAGGUGCCCCAGAGUCCCACGGAGCCCCCUCCCCCGCAGGAGAAGAAGGAGAAGGCACCGGAACGCAGGGUGUCAGCCCCUGCCCGGCCCCGGGGGGCCCGUGCACAGAACCGCAAAGCCAUCGUGGACAAGUUCGGCGGGGCAGCCUCGGGCCCCACGGCCCUAUUCCGGAACACGAAGGCGGCGGGGGCAGCCAUCGGCGGUGUCAAGAACAUGCUCUUAGAGUGGUGCCGAGCCAUGACGAGAAACUACGAGCACGUGGACAUCCAGAACUUCUCCUCGAGCUGGAGCAGCGGCAUGGCCUUCUGCGCCCUCAUCCACAAGUUCUUCCCCGAUGCCUUUGACUACGCCGCGCUGGACCCCACAAAGCGCCGGCAUAACUUCACCCUGGCCUUCUCCACAGCAGAGAAACUGGCCGACUGUGCCCAGCUGCUGGAGGUGGAUGACAUGGUGCGGUUCGCAGUGCCCGACUCCAAGUGUGUCUACACCUACAUCCAAGAGCUGUAUCGCAGCCUCGUGCAGAAGGGACUGGUGAAGACCAAGAAGAAAUGAGCUGCCCGACCCUGUGGGCAGAGGUGGGCAGGGUGCCAGCUGACCAGCCCCAGCCCCGAGGCUUACGUCUGCUCCACGGAGACCAGAGAGGUGGGCCUCGAGCAAAGGCAGGUGGCACCUGUGUUAACUGCAUUAAAAGUAUUUUUGUAAAACGC